AUGGGAGUAUGCAUGCUUUCUUCAAUGGAGGGAAAAGCCUCCAGCAAGGUGAUCCUCUUUCCCUCUUUUUGUUCGUGCUUUGUAUUGAAUAUUUCUCAAGAUUGCUUAAAGCAGCCACGAAUGAUAGUGAUUUCAAUUAUCACCCUAAAUGUGGCCCCUCUAAAGAUCACCCAUUUAGCUUUUGCGGAUGAUUUGAUGCUCUUUGCUAUGGGAGAUAUUAUGUCGGUGAAAAUUCUCAUGGAUUGUCUCUCCAAUUUUGGUUUUGUAUCGAGUUUAAGGCUGGACAUCCUUAAAUCCAGCUUGUAUACAGCUGGUGUUCAUGGUCAAGUGCUUGAGGAUAUCUUUCAUUUGACAAAUAUCCCAAGGGGUAGCAUGUCAUCUCGAUAUUUGGGCAUUCAUCUAACUUCGGGAAAACUUAAAGUGGAACUUAUUAGGGCGGUUUCUCAAGGUGUUGAAUGUUACUGGCUUUCUAUCUUCCUCAUCCCGACUACAAUUACAUCAAGGAUUGUUAGCCUUUGUCGAAAAUUUCUUUGGGGAUCAAAGGAGCCUUUGGUUGCUUGGAAGGAUCUUUGCCUUCCAAGAGAUGAAGGAGGCCUCGGAUUGAAGGACUUAAAGAGUUGGAAUUUAGCGUUACUUAGUAAAUCCCUUUGGAAUAUCCAACAUAAAAAGGAUACUCUUUGGAUUCGGUGGGUUCAUCAAGUCUAUCUUCAAGGGACGUGCAUUUGGGAUGUUUUUUUUGCAUUGACCGAUCGUGCCUUGGGCUGA